AUGGCGUCAGGUGGAGACUUCACGCUCUACGGAUACCCAGAGAGUUGGGCGCAGGAACAGACUUACAUUCCCGUCUGCGCCUAUCAAGAUCAAGCAUAUCUCGCUGCUCCAUCGUACGAUGCAUACCAUCAGCACCAGAGCUUCCUGCAACAUUCACAACAGUUCGACUUCGCGGGCWACAAUCAAACCAAAGCACCCGCAUCCAGCUCAAACUACUCCCCGGCGAGCUCCACAUCGCACUCGUUUGAUCACCACAGCAAUCAUCACAUCCCUUCAAUCUCGGACUCCGGCGCAUCGGUACAAAGUACGCUCUCUUCCGCAAUGGGCUCACCAUCCAUGCCACCUCAACAGGGCGACUGGCACCAACAACCAUUUCCAAGCAUUGUGCGGCACGAUGGUCUCUUCCAAGGCAACAAUUUCAACAUGGAACACAGCUUAGUGCCGGAGAAGGGUUGUGUUGAUCCGUCACUCAUUCAGCCGUAUUCACCCUCGUAUCUUGGUACUCAAUUCCAAGAUUUGCAAGCCGUGCAUGCCUCACAGCACAAUGUCUAUCCAAUAGCUGCAUCUCCAGACCCAUCAAGGACACCAAUGCACAGUCCCCAAUCAGUGGCUGCAGAUCAUCAUCGUUCGGCUUCCCCAUACAUCCAACAACAGUCAUGGCAGCUGUACCCACAACACACUGCUUCGCGACGCCAAUCCGUGUCAUCCGUCCAUUCUAAGCAUAGCCACCACUCCGCGUCUUCCGAAGAUUCUAACAAGGGCAUGUGUCCGAUUCCGACCUGUGGCCGUUAUGUCAAAGAUCUCAAAGCUCACAAGCUUACGCAUCAGAACGAACGACCAGAGAAGUGUUCGGUCGUGUCUUGUGAAUACCACAUCAAAGGCUUCGCUAGGAAGUACGACAAGAAUCGCCACACCCUGACACACUACAAGGGUACGAUGGUAUGUGGAUUCUGUCCUGGCAGCGGUAGCUCGGCCGAGAAGAGCUUCAACCGGGCGGAUGUCUUCAAGCGACAUCUUACAUCAGUCCACGGUGUUGAGCAGACUCCACCCAACGCACGGAGGAGAAGUCCAACAGGACACGGAAAGAAGAUGCCCGAGCUGGCUCGCGAAGUCUCUGGCAUGUGCUCUACUUGUGGGAACGCUUUUGCGAACGCACAGGACUUUUACGAGCAUCUUGAUGACUGUGUGCUUCGUGUUGUUCAGCGAGCCGAUCCCAGUGAUGCCAUUAACGAGAAGCUACUAUCUUCUGUCGCGGCAGACGAAGAUGUCCAGCGGUCAUUGGAGAGACACAACCUUCCCACAAGUCUUGACCAUAUUGCGCCAGAAACUUUUGAAGACGAGGAUGAGGAUCUCGAAGACGAGAUCGACCAAGACGAUGCCAAUGACGRUACCUACGGAAGGCGGUCGACCAGGUCGGGUAGAGGCUCUCUCAAAGCUCGUAGUGGCGACGCUGCAAUCAGAGCGGGCAAUGGUACCCACAUCUCUGCCAGCGGCGCAAUCUGYAAGCCCUCUCGAAAAGGCAUGACUUUGUCCAAGGAUGGUGUCGCUCUCUCUGGCCCCAUGAACAGUAAAGGCUCCAAGCGGAGGAAGAACUACCCUCUGUCAUGGGGUGCAGCUCCAACUAUGAUGAAGAUGAAGAAGCGGGUGCUCUGCGUGUUCGACGGACAACGCCGCCUCCUGAAAGACGACAUGAUGAUGAACGUUGAGCACGAAGUCCGGCUACCGCUAUCAAACGCUGAGAGUGAGCGGGCAUGGGUGACUGAUCUCGACGUUCAGACUAUUCGAAGAGCAGAAGGAAUGCUCAAUGCUACAGAGGAGGAGAAGGGACCUUGGACUAACGACGACGAUGAUGAGCUUGAGAAGUUGAUGAUGUGA